CGUCACCACACAGCGAGACGGACAGUUGCAAGCUUCGGGCAGAGAAAUUGUUGACGUUUUGUUUUGAUCGCUUUCGUCUGGAUUGUUGGACAUUACGCCGAAAUUACCCGCUAAUAUAGAAGCCUGCCUACCGACUCUACCAUCACGCCUCAGUGCAGGGAUCCAGCAAAGAUGAAAUGGAUGUUUAAAGAGGACCAUUCCCUCGAGCACCGAUGUGUGGAGUCAGCCAAAAUACGCAACAAAUAUCCGGACAGAGUACCGGUGAUCGUGGAGAAGGUGUCCGGCUCUCAGAUCGUGGACAUCGAUAAGAGGAAGUACCUGGUGCCCUCUGACAUCACAGUGGCCCAGUUCAUGUGGAUCAUCAGGAAACGGAUCCAGCUGCCUUCAGAGAAAGCCAUCUUCCUCUUCGUCGACAAAACCGUCCCUCAAUCCAGUCUGACUAUGGGCCAGCUGUACGACAAGGAGAAGGACGAGGACGGCUUCCUGUACGUGGCCUACAGCGGGGAGAACACCUUCGGUUACAAAGCCUUUUAUACAACACGGGGUUAAUGCUUCACUGAAUACCAGUUACUCACACACACACACACACACACACACACACACACACACACACACACACACACACACACACACACACACACACACACACACACACACACACACACACACACACACACACACACUUUAGGGCCCUAAAAUAAUAAGCUUUUUCAUGUGAUACACAAGUAACGCACCUACACACUUGGCAUAGGCAUUUAUGGUCAAUUUUGAUACUAGAAAAUAUACAUUUUAUGGUGAAAAUUAACCUACGCCAAUAUGCUACAACAAACAAACAAACAAGUAACACACUUGUAUUUUUGGAAGGCUCAGAUAAUCAUCAGUGUCAAGAAAUGGUUGGUCUUUAGCCAUGAUUACUGUUUCAAGAUUAGUUGUGGAGAGAAAUAUCUGUAACACUGCCGUUAAAAAGAAAUAAUGCACACUGUAGGCACAUCAAAUAUCAUUCACUUUCCAAGUACAUGCCAAUCUUCACUCAUUACACAAUUUGGUUUCACAGAUAUGUGUUCAGCUGAAGUGAGUAAGAAACUCUAUAAUCAUGUGACUAGAAUCAUUAACCACGUUAUGGAUGUAUUUGUAUGGCUUAUUGUAUCGUGUAUGAAAAGUGAAGUAUUUAACUAAUGCCGCAGCACUAUGAUGAACUAUAAGACCAACUAUAAGCAGCAGAGUUAGCUGGUGAAUGAUAAUGGAUACCUGCUAGCAGAGAGGCAGCCUGUUUAAAGUGUGUGUCCCUGAGGGCCAGGGACCAGCAGCGUUACAGAGUGCUUCCAAGCCUGGCUCUUAUGUAUUUUAACGCAUUAUGUCAGAUGUUGGUUAGACCCAAACGGGAUGCAUACUCAUGAUGCCAACAGCAAGCCAUGAUCCUCAGUGACCCGCUGAAGAAAUCAACACUUUACUUGAAGAAUGAUGUUUUUUAGUGUUCUCAUCACAGGGCAACUAUGUGAAAUGUAGAACUAAAACUCAAGCGGAACCUCUUGUAUAACCUCUUGGCACUUUACCUGUUCUCCGCCUACUCCCAUUGUCUAGCUUUACAUAAGUAAGAGAUUUCUACACUCCCCUCACAUUUAAAUUUAAAUUUGUCAAACACAAUUCUUACUCAUAGUAAUAAUAAUAGUUGCAGUAUUCGGGUGUUAGCUUCUAGUUUUCUUCGACCAGUGGCAUUGAUUUAGAUACAACCAAGUCUUUAAAAGAAAAACUGCAAAUCCACUGAGAGUCCCACAUAGGUACACAUUCACAUCAGAACAUGCACAUUAUCCAUUUGUAUAUGUUUAUAAUUCAAAUACACAGGGCUCUCAGUGGAAAUAAUAGUUAAUCAAAUGUGCAGAGGGCUUUCCAAGCUGUUAAUGAUUGAACUUGAUACUUAAUAAACCCUGUGUUCAUGGUUAAUAUAUUCUGCAGUGUUAUUCACGUUUCAAAUGCUUCAAGUAAAGUGUUGCUCAUGUGUUUUGCUU